UCCCGGAAUCCUGGUACAGCUUUUGGAAUAAGUUGAUUAGUGACUAAUAACCAUGGAAUGGAAAACUUAAGCAUUUUGGUAAACGCUGUAAUGAGGGGAAAAAAAUCAGAACUAAUUGCAUCCAGAACACCUGGAGGCAGUUGAACAGAAAGACAUCAGAUCCAGCCAUGUGCAUGAAAAGUAUAUGGCAGUGCCAUUGAAGUAGGGCUUUUGGUGGAAGAUAAUAGAGGAACAAGCUCCAUCCUUCACCGUCAGGGUUCUGUAAUCAUACAACAACAACAAAGCCUUAGCCCACUAAGUGGGGUUGGCUAUAUGAAUCCUAGAACGCCAUUGUGCAAUAUUCAGUGGCUUGAAAAGUCAUGUUUUCACUUAAAACUUAUCAUUUGUUAGUCUUAUUCUUUAACAACUUAAAUAUAUGUGCAGGCUCUUCUACAUUCGGUUCCGUUUGGAAAAAUGAUAGUUCUUGAUCUAUUUGCGGAUGUCAAACCAAUAUGGAAAACAUCAUCUCAAUUUUAUGGCACUCCUUAUAUUUGGUGUCUCUUGCACAAUUUUGGUGGAAACAUUGAAAUGUAUGGCAUAUUGGAUGCAAUUUCUUCAGGUCCAGUUGACGCCCGAACUAGUGAAAAUUCUACUAUGGUUGGAGUUGGCAUGUGCAUGGAAGGUAUUGAGCACAAUCCAGUUGUUUAUGAAUUGACGUCUGAAAUGGCAUUUCGCAGUGAAAAGGUUCAAGUUCAGGAUUGGCUAAAGAUCUAUUCCCGGAGACGCUAUGGUAAUGCAGUUCCUAAAGUUGAGGCAGCUUGGGACAUCCUUCACCAGACAAUUUACAACUGUACAGAUGGGAUUGCUGACCAUAACACAGAUUUCAUAGUCAAACUCCCUGACUGGGAUCCAUCACCAAAUCACAUAUCGAACAUUUCAAAACAAAACCAGAUGCAAUCAUUCAUCCCGCUCGAUAAAAAGAGAAGAGUUUUGCUCCAAAAAACCAGCUCUAAUUUGCCUCAGGCACAUUUGUGGUAUUCUACUCAAGAGGUGGUCAAUGCUUUACGACUAUUCCUUGACACUGGAAAUGAAUUCUCUGGAAGCCUGACAUAUAGAUAUGACUUGGUUGAUUUGACACGGCAAGUACUUUCAAAGCUAGCAAAUCAAGUAUAUCUGGAUGCAGUGACAGCUUACCGGAGGAGGGAUGUAAAAGCUUAUAGUCACCAUAGUCAAAAGUUUGUUCAACUCAUAAUGGAUAUUGAUGAACUGCUCGCUUCUGAUGAUAAUUUUUUACUUGGAACCUGGCUUGAAAGUGCAAAAAAUCUGGCAGCUAAUCCUACGGAAAUGCAGCAGUACGAGUGGAAUGCAAGGACGCAGGUGACAAUGUGGUUUGAUAACACAAAAACCAACCAGAGCAGGCUUCAUGAUUACGCAAAUAAGUUCUGGAGUGGGCUAUUGAAAAGCUACUAUCUACCUCGAGCUUCAACCUACUUUGGUCUUUUGUCAAAAAGCUUGAGAGACAACAAGGACUUCGAGUUGGAGGAAUGGAGAAAAGAAUGGAUAGCGUAUUCAAACAAUUGGCAAGCAGGUACCGAACUUUACCGGGUGAAGGCAAAAGGAGAUGCUCUUGCUAUUUCUAAAGCAUUGUAUGAAAAAUAUUUCGUUCGAGCAAAAUAGGUUCUAAUUGUUAGAAAAGAGAGAAGCAAUUGUGUUGUAAAGUAGCAAAACAUGUACUAGGUCUAUUCCUUACUCAUAAGGGCCCUUUGCAUGUUGCAUGACAAUAACUUGGGUCAUUGUUAUAAAAUAUUCUGUCUGUUUCAAAUCCAAAACCGAAAUUCGAAAUCCGAAAAAAAAUUGGAUAAGAAUUAGAAUGUAUUUAAUAUUUUGAAUCCGAUUAGAAAUUUCGAAAUUUGCAUAA